AUGUCGUCCUCCGAACCCUUCCGGGCCGCUCGCCCUAGACGCCGGGAUCCUUCGCCCACGCCCAAAACCCCUGAUCCCUCUACCCAUGGCCAGGCGCAGCCUUGUUCGCCUCCUCGACAAAGGUUGCGCCUACGGAGGCGGGUUGCGGCGCACCUCAACGCUCCUACCCAGCAAUUCCUGGCCUCGGUUGCCGCCGCAGACGUCCCCAUCCCCAGUAUAGAAGAACCCCAGGUUUAUGACGACGAAGACAUGCUCAGCAUCGCCUACCCCGUGAUCCCCCAGCUCGACGGCAUUGACGACGACGACCACGACGUCUCUUUGGCGGAGCAACAGAGCCGCGGCAGGGCUUUUACUUCGCCAAAAACCCCAGCCCCCGGCCUUGCACCAUUGUUACCACCACAGCGAUUUCCAGACUGGUCCCUCGAUGCCGCCUUUGGAAGUCUGGAGUCCAGCCCAGACUACGAAAGCAGCCGGCCUUCUACCGCCCGAUCAACGCAGACAAGCUCGUCCCUGUUCAGCCGCUUUUCGCCGGCAUCGGAAGACUUGAGUCGAUGCGAAAGCCCCGAGAGGGAGCAGAGCGAGCGUUUCGGCCGCUUUCUUUCGCCCGGAGACGUCGACAGGACCAUCAAGCCCGCACUAGCCCCCAGGAGGUCUGCAAGGUCGCGGAGGAGAGGCCUGUGGACCAAGGCAAUGUCUCGCCAUCUGUGGUCAACGUACAUGACGUAUCUGCAGGAUCCCAAGGUGACCCCGUUUCGAGUCGGCAAGAGCGGCAUUCCUCCGUCGGGAGUGUGCAUGCGCGUUGCGAGGGAAGCCAAGAGAAGCUGGAAAGGUUCCCGCUCCUUGGCCGACCCCGACCCCGGCCCCGACCCCGACAGCAAGAGCGGCAGCUCGACGCCCACUGCGGGCCCGGCCUGCCAUUUCAUCCAGUGGCCUCACACGUGCGCCGCCACCAGGGGCCAUCUCCGCGAGCUCUGCAAAGCCCACGUGGGUUCGACCGCGCGCCACGCCCGGUACCUGUCCAGCAGCCCGACCCCGUUCGGCAAGACUGGCAACCGGUUCUGGAACCGUCGAUCGGCGGCAGCGGCGGCGGCGGCGGCGGCGGCGGCGACGACGAUGACGAGGGCGACGACGCGGUCUCCGUCCGUCUUCUCCAGCUCCGACAUGGCCAUGUCGCUGACCGUGUGCACCUCGGACUCGAUGCAGCUCCAAGGACCUCUGGCGCAGCUGACGAGCUCGCGGCGCCAACUGCCGCCGUCGACAAGCUCGGCGUCGGCGGCGGCGGCGUCCGAGCAGGCCGUAUUCACCUUUGGCGCAAGCCUGGAGCAGCCCAGGCCCAGGCCCGGCUCGCCCUCGACGGCCAGGAGCUAUGGACCGAGCUCGUCGUCGGACCUGGCUGGCGGGUUGAGCUCGAGCCCAAUGGUCCAGCGGCAGGCCCGGACGGUCGGCACUCGCCGCGGGCUCGGAUCCCCCGUGCAGAUGGACCAGGGCCGCACGAGCACCCAGAAGCGCAGGUCGCGGCAGCCGGUGCCGGAGCCGCGGCGCAUCAAGCGGCCCAGCCUAGGGUCCGACUUUUGGACCGACCCAUCGAGCGGCGACAAUGCCCGGUCGCAGCCGCAGCCGCAGCCGCAGUCGCAGUCUCAGUCGCAGUCGCAGUCGCAGUCCCAGUCCCAGUCGCGAUCGCAGCCGCAGCCGCAGUCCCGGUCCCGGCCCCGGUCCCAGUCCGCGGCCGAGUUCCCCGAGUACAGCUCGACCGACUGCAAGCAGCGCGACAACCUGUUUGUCCCCCGCACCAACCUGCAGGAGCUGUUUGAAGCCUCCAACCCACCGCCCACGACGAUGCUGCCGCUCUCGCACACCGUCCCCGCCAGGCUCGGCUCUCCCUUCUCCGCCCACUCCUUCCCCAACAGACACUGCAGCGUGUCGUCGAUUGAUCUCCGCGCCGUCUCGCGGCCCUUUGCCACCGUCCACCCGCCCAUGGAAAAGUCGGCCACGGGCGCGACCACCGCCGCGGCCACUCCUUGCACCAGGGCGCCCCUCGCCAACCGCCUGGCGUACAUUGACCAACGCCUCAAGGACUUUCGCCAACGGGGCGCCAGCAGCCGCCGCUCGCAGUCUCCUUUAUAA